CCCAGAACUUCGCUGGCAUGCCUGGUCAAUUCCUGAUCUCCACCGGUGACCCAGUCGGCACCAGCUACCACGCCGAUUUCAUCAUGGGCUGGGAGUCUUCAGAGUUCCUUGGCAAGGCUAUCAAGACCUGCACCAGCGAGACUGGACUGAUUGGCGACUGCCCGCUCUUCAACAUCCAGGACGACUCCGAGGCCGCUCAGUGCACCUUCCAAACUCCAGACUCAUUCGAGAAGGAGGACUGCGAGGGACCAAUGGAGGGCCUCCCCGUCGGCGUUCCAAUUCAAUACGGUCCAGAGCCAGCCACCAAGUACCCAGUCCAGGGCGCCCGCGGUGUGAAGACCUCGUCUCUGCCACAUACCUCUGCCCCUGCUACCUUCACCCAACCGUCGCUGGGCUACUCUCCAGUCAACCCAGCAAGCACCUCGACUGCUCAGGGUGGCAUCAUUGUCGCCUACGCAUCAUCAAGUAGCUCUGCCGCCCCAGCCAUCACGUCAGCUCCAGCCUAUGCUCCACCAGCUGACGACGAUGUCACCACCACCUACAUCACCAAGGGCCAUGAAGUCAUCGAGAUGGUCAUUGAGGAGCUCGAAGUCACAGUCACCGCCUCCCCAUCGGAACCGGCUGGCUACGCCCACAAGCACAAGAGACAUCUCGAGAAGCAUGCCAAGCGCCACAACAACCACUAAGAUACCCUCCAUUUCCGAGUCACAUGACGCAUUUUCAUAGCACGAGUGGCAAUAUUGGCGGCGUGGUGGAUGUCAAUUUCCAUCGGCUUAUCCAACAAGGUUGGAUAAGAUUUGUUAGCAGCGGCGAACCAGCAGGCUGGUCAUUGCGAGUCACUUUGUGUAUCAUAACAGAUUUCACGAGCCCACGAUGCAUAAGAUAUCAUCCAGGCAAAGACUGCCACAAGCUGAGGGACAGCAAGCUUGAUUCGCCCUUUGCAGAAUCGAAUCGACUUUUUUCAUCGCGAGACGGUCGUUCCCAUCUUUCUUUUCCUUGCGAGCCGAGGAAAUGGAGUAUCUACAUGUACCUACCUCUUUCUCGGGCACUCGCUGCCACUUCCUUCCUUCCUUGUAUGCGCAUACCUUCCACGACCCACUAUCACUUUGUCCUUGAUCUGGAUUGGCGGAUAAAGAAGAAGGAGCUGAAACGGCAGCAGAAGACUAUCAUCAUCUUUACCUUACUAUGCUCGAUGCUUGAGUCUGAUCCGUUUGACUAUGCUUCCGACCAAAUGAACACCCUAGGCCGCAACCUCGCGAGAGAAACUUUGGUCUAUGCCUUGACGACGGCCACCACGCUCGUAAACAGAAUAUUGGAACAAGCUCUUCCUGAGAAUCCGGAACUCAAUGCGACUUUCUUCACCUCUGGACUUGCUCGAUCCAUGACCUGCCUUGGCAACAAUCAGAUCUUGAGCCAAAUUAUCUUCGAUGAGAGACGAAAGUCCUGCACUGGUCCCGGCCUGGAUAGAAAGAUGAGUUGCGAGGAUGCUGCAGUCCAGAGCGAGGAGUGUGUGAUUGUGAACAAGAGGCUUGGGGUUCUAUGCCAUACUGUGCUCAGAAUUGGCGGUUUGUCAGCUCGCUGUACACGUCUCAGCCAGUAUCAAGGAUCUUUCACUUCAUGGAAGAAUUCUUCUUUUCCCCUUCUAAAAUUCCCAAAGAUCCGAGUUCAACAGCGAGCUUCAUUGAUCAACAUGGGCUCACCACCUUACAAGCAGCCUGCCAUCCACCACACGGACUUCAAGGACAAGCAGAAAUGCCUCAGCUUCGAAGUCGUCAAGGGCAAAGAAUCUCCUACUCGUCGCUGCAUCCGUAAACCACUAUGGGCAUUGGCGAGCAACAAGGCUGGGAAAGCCGAAAGAGACGAACUGAUCGAAGACUUGAUGGAGACGAGCCAGGACAUGAUCCAAUCUGCAAUCGAGGAACAAACUCUGAAACUGGCCAAAGUCUCAAUGUGUCGCCAAUGCGGGCAGAGCUACCAGCGUAUGCAAGAGGUCGCUCUAAAAAUCGCCAAUGACUUAGUCGACAUCUCCGGAACCUCACCACGUCCGAUCAGGCAUGCGUUCACUCCACGGACACCAGCUCGACAGUUCAAUAGUCCCAUGCCAAUUCCACGCUCCUCCAGACUACCAGUGACUCCCGCCUCUUCGGUAACAUACGUCCCGUACCAUCGAACUUCAGCCAAGAAAACCCAUUCCAGCGAGGUCGAACUCGCAAGACAACUCAUCAUCCAAUCUCAAAACCGUGUCAACUCAUCCAAUCUUCAACGACGAGCUCAAAAAACGGGGGAAAAAACCCGAAAAUCCCUUCCGGAACGCUUCAACGCGCAAGACUCCUCCUCCCCAUCCCGACACCACCUCAUCUCCCCCAAUCUCAUUCUCCCCUCCCAACGCCCGAAAUCCACCGCCUCGAACAUCAACUUCAACUCCAAAGCAAAACGAAAGAACUCGAACGCAAAAAAAAAAAACGCAGAGAUUUCGAAGUUGAGGCGUGAGAAGAGCGUUGUCGAAGGUCAUGGGGGAGUAUUUGGAUGGGUAGUGAGGGGAAGAUGGGAGGGAGGAGAUGGACUGUGUGAGGUUGGGUGUGUGAAGGAUUGGUUGGCGGACCACGCGGGGUUGUUGGGAGAUGGAUUCUUUGAUGACUGUAGAUUUAUUUCAUGGUCUGUCUUCAGGAGGCUGAUCUUCUUUCUUAAUUCGGCUUAUGCUGAAAAGAAGGGGGGGGAAAAGGGGGUCUCUUAUGCCGAUAUUCAUGAAUUCAUUUUUCUCCGAGCAACAAACUUCCCUGAAACGAAAUGGGAGACUGUAUUCAGAACGUUCCGAGUCUUGUCUUUCUUUUGUACUUGGGCGAAACUUUGGAUCAAUGCUUUGGGGAAUGUAUGGGCUCAUUCUGUCACCAGAACUGGCGCCUCCGCACUCUAUUCGGACACCAUUGCAAUGUUGCUUCCGCUGCUCCUGUGCGUGCAAGCUGAGUCAGAGCUCGACACAGUUGCGCAUGCUGAUGACAGGAAUUCGCUACGAAAGUGA